AUGAUUGAUUCGUUGUUCCGGGAGCACAAGCGUCUCAUCAGCACUUGGAAAGCAGCGCACAAACGUUUCUUUGAUCGCACCUGUCUGGCUGUCCAUGCGCAGCAAAAAGGUAAAACAAUGCUGAACCGAAGAAGGAAUCGAGGAAUCAUUCCAAUAACUCAGAUACGGGCCGAUGACAUUAUUUCAGUAAAGCUUGCCUUGCCAUUAUAA